GCCAGUCAUCCGCCGCUGGUGGCGGCGACUUCCCCUCCGGAACCCCGGUCUCCGCCUCCUCCUCCUCCUACCCGCCUGCUCGGCGGCGGAGGCGGCGGUGGCGGCAGCGGCGGUCCCGGCCUCUCCGCCACCUCCACCUCGGCCUGUCUCCCGGCCGGCGGCGUUGGCGGGGAGGGGGACGGUAGUAGUAGACGCCCGCCCCUGCCUCACAAGAAGGGAGUGGCAUUGAGGUCCUUGAGCAAGACAAGCCUGGAGUGUAGGAGACACACAUGCAUCUGCGAGGGCCAGAGGAGGGGUUCGCAACUGAAAGCCCGUUUUACUCCCCAGUUGUUGCACAGUCUCACUGUUUGGGGGAAGUUUAUGCUAGAAAACUGAAGGCAAUUAAUGGGUGAAUAUGGUCAGAUUUCUCCACCAAGUUCUCAGCCUGAUAAGGAAAAUCCCUUGUUGUCAACCUAAUGAAGCAUUCAAAGAAGACAUAUGACUCUUUUCAAGAUGAACUUGAAGAUUAUAUCCAAGUGCAGAGAGCCAGAGGCUUAGAACCAAAGACUUGUUUCAGACAGAUGAGAGAGGACUAUUUGGAAACCUGUAGGGUCAAAGAAGAGGUUCAUUUCAGACCCAGGUACAGAAGGUUUGAUCAAAGACUCCCAACUGAAACCAUCCAGACCCACCCAAGGUCAUGCAGUGUUUCACAAACAGUGGAAAACCAGUUACCUCAGUGGCUACCAGCUCAUGACAGCAUGAGAUACUGUCAAUUCACCAGGGACUGUUUCUCAGAAAAACCAGCACCCCUAAACCUUAGUCAUCAAGAGUAUAAUUAUAGCUCAUACAGUGUAGAAUCUAGAGUUUACAGGCACCUCUCAGAAAACAGUACCAGUGCCCAUAAAGCCGGCCAUGAACGGACACACCAAAAGAGAAAACGGCACCCAGAAGGAGGCAGAGAAAAAUCGGAGGAGCAGCAGCCCGAGCAUAAGAGGAAAAAAGGUUGUGAGGAAACAGAUUUAGACAAACACAAGAGCUUCCAGAAAAGCAACACAGAGGUAGAAACAGUCAGGACCAGCACAGAAAAGCUUAAGAAUCAAAGGGAGAGAAAAAGACGAGAUGUAGCCUCUAAGAAAGAGGAUCGUAAGCGUAGAAAAGAGAAAAAGGAACAAGGCACAGAAAGGACAGAAGAGGAAAUGCUUUGGGACCAAUCUAUCCUUGGAUUUUGAAGCUCUUGAGUUAACCUGCAGUUAAACUGAAAAAUCAUUGAGGAGCUUGGUUUUAUGAUGUUCAUGUUCAUAGCACUUUUCUCAUGGAAACAGGUACUUUCAAUUCUAACAAAGGCCAAGUGAACAGAAAGUAUUUAGGCCUUGCCGGGUAGCUUGGUUGGUUGGCGUGUGGUCCCAAUAAGCCAAGCUUUCAGCUUCAAUCCCUGGUCAGGGCACAUACAAGAAGCAACCAAUGAAUGCACAAAUAAGUGAAACAACAAACUGAUGUUUCUCUCAUUCUCUCUCUCUCAAAUA